AGUGUGCGCUAUGACGGUGCGCCUAGCAACAAAGGUUUCCCUGUGGAAAAGCCCCGUUUUGUUGCGGCAGCGUUUCUCUUACGUGAUGCUGCCAUUCUUGGAGAAGCCUCGUUGAUGCUGGAUGGCAUCUGUGGAGGUAGCCAAUAAGCGAAGUGGUGUCUCCUUCCCUGGUUGACAGCGGAAGAAGGACUGGAGAGUCGCGAUUUGGCCAGGAGCUUCUCUCGUGAUUUGCCCAGUAUGGGGACCAUGACGCAUGAGCCUGCACUAUGCACUAUCAAAAGCCCUGUCAUGCUGCAAGUGGGUGACAUGAAGACCGAGCAAGGCCGACCAGGUGUUGCAGUGAUUGAUGUGAUGCUGCCACACUCUCAGACCAUUGAUUUGCAGGAAAUUGUAUUCAAGAACUAUUACACAGCUUUUUUGAGCCUGCGGGUGCUGCGCCAAAGCACCACAGAUGGUGGAGAUGGAAGUCCUUCCAAAUGGGUUACCUGCCUGCGAAACUAUUGCUUGAUGCCUAACCUGCAUGCAGAGCAAGGUUCACAGGACUACUUCUCUGUUUCUAGGCAUCAGAUGCUUUGUGAUAUGGACCAGGUGGCUGCCAUACGUCUGAUCCUGCGUCAGCCUUCUCCAGUGUGGCUACAUUUCAGCAUUGAGGAGCUGCAGCUCAUCCCUGCAAGUCAAAAGAGCCCACAGAAAGGCUUUCCAGCCUGGCUUUCAUGCCCAUCUCAGGAACGUCCAGCCAUUCUGCAUGAUGGACUCCCUGAUGCUGACAAAGUGUCUUCUGAAGUGCAGCAAAUGUGGGUUCUGACGGAGAUGCUUCAAGCCAGCCAGCCAACAGCACAGAUUGGACGCUUUGAUGUGGAUGGCUGCUAUGAUCUCAACCUGCUUUCCUACACUUGAACUGGGCUGAAAACUGACUGGGUUCUCAGGAGCUGGACUCACUAGAUCCUCAUUCCUGCCUUACUGAAUCAACUUGAGACAGGAAGAAAUGGACCAAGUUUGCUCCCUUCAUGUCCUGGCUCUUCUCCUUCCUACUGUAUUGGAGUGGCCUUUCUAGGCCUUUCUUCAAACUGGGUUCCAUCCUUUCUCCUCUGUCCCUAUAGUCCUAGGUCCUAUGUGGAGAACAUUCUUAACCCUGCAUUUUGCACUGGAGCUUGGAGGGUUGGGUUCCUCUUCUCCAAACUGCAGCUGCCUAACUUGGGCUUAUUUUUAUCUCCUGUUCUUCUCUUCCAACCUCUCUUCCAUGUUGCAUGUUUCCAACAGAGCAAAAUUGAACAUUUUCUUUCAUUAAGAAUAUGUCUCUGUAGGAAGAGGAUGACCUGGGAUGUUUGGAAAUGACCAGAUGGAAAGUUUGAGAAAAUUGGUGAAAGUAGAGCUCAGUUAAAAGUUCGUUUGCUGUGGCUACCUCACAAGAAUCCAUGUGGUUUUUUUAAUGCCUGAGUGGAAAAAGAAAAGGGUAUGUGGAUAAGUUUUCAGAAGGCCAUCUCUUAACAGGUCACUUUUCUUCUCUAGAGGAAUACAAUUAGCAGGUCUGUUCCUGAUACCGUCCUUGAGCUGGAAGUGGGGAUGCUUACAAGACGGUGAACAUUAUACCCAGAAGGCAGUAUUCUGCACUCAUAUGCCCAGCUCUGUGCAGUUCAUAAUAAAACUGUAGUGGUACAUGGCCUCAGCUGAUUACUGGAGUAUCCUGCCAUGUUCAGCAGGCACCACGCUAGAGACUUCAGGACACGAAGAUUGUGUUGUGCUGGGAAGUUUAAGCUCAGCUGUGCAGUAGAGCUGCCUGCUAGACUAAAUAUUUUCUUGUUUGUUUCUGUCUCUCCUCGUCAAUUCAUUCUUGCAUAGCUUUAGCUCUUAAAUGCCACUUAUUCCCCUCGGGAGUUGAGCAGUUGAGAGAGCAAAUGAACAUGGUCAAAGUCUGGGGUGAGAUUCAUGGUAUACAAAGAACAGACUUGGCUGCCUUUUGGAAAAUCAUUUUCUGUCAAUUCCCAAUUUGCAAAGUGAGAUUGCAGUUACACUCUAAAAAGACUGUUAAUAAAAGAUAGUUUCGAAGAACAUCUGAGCAUCUCACUUUUGGGGCACAUUGUGUGAUAUUUAUGUAUCUGAAUGGCCUAAAGCUACAUGGCUUCCACAGAUACCUUCUUUUUGGCCAGGACAUUUCUAGCAGUACAUGCGUGAUUGACAGCCGUCUGAUAGAGGAGGCUGUACAGUGAUCAGAGUUGUUGGUGUUGGAUGUGAGAUGACAUUUAAUGUCUGUUGUUGGGAGCAGACAUGUUGUUGUAAUGUUUCCUUUACCUCUACAUCAUUUCCUUCUUAUUUAUUAUGAACUAGUUCUGUUAUUUAUAGUUGGAGAAUGGCCUUAUGGUCUUUUAUCCUACUGCACUGAACCAGGUUUGGUUUACCAAAUCUUUCUCAAUAAACGUUUACCUAGUUCAAAUGA